AUGCCUGUGGAUACAAGGCCUGAUGAGGAUGAAGAAAAUGCAACAAAGACAAUGGGUAUAAGAAUUAAUAAUGAGAAGGUUGAAGAUCAGGAGGUUGAAAAGAAUAGAGAAGUCAGAAGCAUUGGUAGCAGUACCAGCAUUAGUGACUACAGCAAUAAGAAGAAACAUAGUUCCAGCAAUGGUGAAUUCAAAAGCACACUAAGCCUAAUUAGAUUGACCAGCACACUGGUGAAUCAAAUGAAUCAAUCAGAGAACAAGGAUAAUUUUGCAUUGGGAGUUCAGAUUUUCCAUCCUUCACUUCCCAAUCCAGACAGCAUUACAGCUCACUGCAAACAUUACACACAUGAUAUUAAUUCCAGCUUAAUUCAAAAACCUAUUUUACAAAGUGCUCAAUCAAUUUACACAUCUCUGAACAAAAAUCAUGAUUUUGUCACAAAGAAAUCAUGUCAAGUUAACAUUUUCAAUAGUGGCUGGGACAUCAGGCCACCUUCUUCAGAAGUCUGGAGAGUGUGCACUGCUUAUAAGCAGAAAGCUGAUAAGAUAAGAUCAUUAGCACCUGGAAAAUCUGAUGGAAGCAAACCAGAAGGCCUAGAUAAUUGA